CAACAUACUAGCAUCCCAUUUAUAUUCACCCUAAUCCAUCCAUCUUUUCACUCAAAACUAUCUCUCCACCCUUAUACUUUCUCUUUGCUACUAUUAACCAUGUCCAACAUCAUCAUCAACAGCAACAAAAAUGGUGCAACUAAGCUAUCGCCUCCACCAGCUUCUGGACGUGUUGCCACUCCAGGAAAGGCAACCAUACUCGCCAUCGGGAAAGCCUUCCCCAACCAACUCGUUCCUCAGGAUUUCUUGGUCGAGGGCUAUAUUCGUGACACUAAGUGCGAUGAUUUGGCCAUCAAGGAGAAACUCGAGCGCCUAUGCAAAACGACUACUGUGAAAACCAGAUACACAGUAAUGUCCAAAGAAAUACUGGAUCAAUACCCUGAACUAGCAACAGAAGGCUCUCCGACAAUCAAACAGCGCCUGGAAAUAGCAAAUCCCGCCGUCUUGAAGAUGGCAAAGGAAGCAAGCUUAGCAUGCCUCAAAGAAUGGAACAGGCCACCAUCACACAUCACCCACAUCGUCUACGUUUCUUCCAGCGAAAUCCGCUUACCCGGCGGCGAUCUCUACCUCGCCGCCGAACUCGGCCUCAGAAACGACGUCGGCCGCGUAAUGCUAUACUUCCUAGGCUGCUACGGCGGCGUCACGGGCCUCAGAGUCGCUAAAGACAUAGCCGAAAACAAUCCAGGAAGUCGUGUUUUGCUGACCACUUCCGAGACGACGAUUCUUGGCUUUCGACCGCCGAAUAAAGCUCGCCCUUAUGAUCUCGUCGGGGCGGCGCUGUUCGGAGACGGAGCAGCCUCGGUGGUUCUUGGAGCUGAACUUCGCUGUCAGCAGUUCUUGCCGGAAACCAGCAACGUGAUCGACGGGCGGCUGUCUGAAGAGGGCAUAUACUUCAAACUCGGGAGGGACUUACCUCAGAAGAUCGAGGAAAACAUUGAGGACUUCUGCAAGAAGCUGAUGGUGAAAGCGGGUCUGAAGGAGUACAAUGAGCUGUUCUGGGCAGUUCAUCCGGGGGGACCGGCGAUCCUGAACAGGCUGGAGAGCAACCUCGGAUUGGACAGUCAAAAGCUGGAUUGCAGCAGAAGGGCAUUGAUGGAUUUUGGCAACGUUAGCAGCAAUACCAUAUUCUAUGUGAUGGAGUAUAUGAGGGAGGAGUUGAGGAAGAAAGAGAAUGGUGAAGAGUGGGGGCUUGCUUUGGCUUUCGGGCCUGGUAUUACGUUUGAAGGCAUUCUUCUUAGGAGUCUUUGAGAAGUACUACAUUUGAUUUGUAGCACAAAAAUGGCUGAAAAGGGUUGUUGUUGUGUCGUACGUAAGGAAAAUCAAAGGAUUUUGGUUGCAUUGUCAAAGAAUCAAGAAUUUGUUGUGUGUUUUCAAAGUGUCUUUACAUGAAACAGUAUAUGCUCUUGGCAUCUUAA